AUUAGCACUGACCUUGGGUCUCUUGCCGGCGGAUGGCGUGCCGCAGUUCAGUCGGCUCAGAUCGGACAAUAAGCAGGCGAUCCUCUCACGGAAGCAGCACUUGCGCUGCCUCCGCAUCUGGCAGCACUACGCAUUUCGCGUAAAGCCGCCUUUAUCAAUGAACGCCGAUUCCGCCCAGUAAACCGGAUUUUUGUUUCUUUUCUUCUUUUAAAUCUCGCUUUAAACUUGGACUUGCUGCCGCGGAGUCCAGGUGACGAGGAUCUGAGCCAAUCCCGCAACGUGUCGCUCCCGGGACCCGUGCCUUCGUGACGCGACCCGCCUAACACGACUUCGGUGUGUGGCCGAUAUGGCGAAGAGCGCAGAGGUGAAGCUGGCCGUGUUCGGCAAGGCCGGCGUGGGAAAAUCAGCUCUGGUAGUGAGAUUCCUGACCAAGCGUUUCAUCUGGGAAUAUGACCCCACCCUCGAGUCAACGUAUCGCCAUCAAGCAAACAUCGAUGAUGAAGUUGUCAACAUGGAGAUCUUAGACACAGCAGGACAGGAGGAUAUGCUGCAGAGGGAGGGCCACGUGCGCUGGGGCGACGGCUUCAUCCUCGUCUAUGACAUCACCGACAGGGGCAGCUUUGAGGAGGUGCCACCGCUCAAGGGCCUGCUGGAUGAGGUCAAGAAGCCCAAGAGCGUCAUCCUGGCCCUAGUGGCUAACAAGGCCGACCUAGAGCAUGCUCGGCAGGUGAGCACGGAGGAGGGCGAGCGGCUGGCGGCCGAGCUGGCUUGUGCCUUCUACGAGUGCUCGGCCUGCACAGGCGAAGGCUGCGUCAGCGAGGCCUUCCUGGAGUUGUGUCGCGAGGUGAGGCGGCGGCGUAUGGUGCAGGGCAAGACCCGCCGCCGCAGCUCUACCACCCAUGUCAAGCAGGCCAUCAACAAGAUGCUCACCAAGAUCAGCAGCUAGGGGGCGCCACAUUUGGAUUUUGAGGAACGUAAAGCACUUUAACCAUAAAAGCUGGGGAUGGCGCUCACUAUGGUGUGCGGGACACUGCCUUAUGCUGGGGGGAGGAAUGUCUUUAUAGCCUGUCGUCUGUAUGCCAUGUUCGUGCUUGGGUUUGCAUCAAACGUUGGGUUUAUUUAACGUCUGGGACUCUACUACAAACUAUCUGAAAGGAUCACUACUGGGACUUUGAUGUUCUUAGCCUACAGGGUUUUCCAUUGCCGCUACAGUGGGACAGUCACUGUGUUUUCAUCUUUAUCACCCUGUUCAGAGGGAUCACGGGAACAAAGUUUCCUUCCCAUUGGGUAGCAUUCAGAUCUCUUUGGAGCAGUAUUUUGCCUUCAGUAACUGGCAAGUUCCCUUUCAGCCUGUGUUUAUUUAGCUCAGCCUGUUGCUAAUCUGCAGCUACACACACAUAUUAAAGGUUCGCUUUGGGCAGAGGGUAACAUCUUAUUCCUACGUGUCAUGUCCAUAAUUUGCUCUGCACUGAUUUCAUCUUCGCUGCGCAGCAACUUCUAACGGACGCCCGUUCUUGCAGCGGUGUCUCAAUGCUUAUUCCAAGUUUCAGGGAGCUCAUUCAUCUCCAUGUGGUCUGAAAAACCCUUCGGCGUGACUUUCGUGUCGACUCAGAUGAAACGAGAGCAGAUCAAAUAAAGCAUUACUCAGCUGCAUCUCAGGAUUCAAAAGGUUUCGUUUUGCAGUCGGGAGACUUGGCGCGCGGCCGUGUGUUUACCAGUGGAGAUGGUUACGCGCCGGGGGGUCGAAUUACGGUUCUUCAGUAGCCCCAGACUUCAGGAAAAAAAGUGUCCUUUCACUGAUGAAUUUCUGCAGAGCCAUCUGUGUGUGCUGUUGUGUUAAGAAGGAGAGCUGAGGAAUUUUUUAAGCACACAUUCAAAUAUCUCUCAUAGAAUGUUUCUUUAUUGUUAAGCCAAGUCAACUACAGUUCUAACAUGCACCUAAUUCAAUUAUACAGUACUAUUCAAUAAAUGGAGAUCUAUUAGCUCUCAGUGGUGUUUCUCUUAAAUUCUGUUUUUUUUUUCUUGAUAGUAGUCAUCACUAUCCUUGAAGAUUACUGGAUACACUAUAAGGCAUGAGAAUCAAAAUUUCAGUGAGGGCUGUCAUGCUCUAUUGUUUUCACUGUGCUUAUUAAUAUAGUGUGAAUGGAUGUGGAUAGAUUAUGCCACAAAAGAAGGGGGUGAGGGGGGCAGAGGUACUGCAAAAGAUGACUAUGAUACUAUAGCAUUAUACCACAAAACUACGUUGAAAUUCUUAAACAAAGACGACGAUUCACAGGCUUUUUCUGGAUUCCCAAAAUCCUGAUUUCCCAAAUCCAGUUCAACCUGGUCCAUAUAACUUGUUUAAAUCAGUAAUGUAAACAGUGACAGAUUCGCCUCAUCAUUUAUAACCUGACGACACAGAGUCCAAGGCAGGGGUAUUACAUUAUUUUUCCCUGAGGUCCACAUUCCGUUAGAGACACAAUGCCAAGGUCCACUGCUCCCAAAUAGGUUUUUCCGGAGGAAGGAGGGGCUAGGGAAUUCCUAUUGGUAGAUUACACUGACUGGUGGGCGGUACAUUGUGCUGGGGGGGUGGGGGGGGGGAUGGGGAGAUGGUUCAGUAUUGGUUCUGAUUAAAUAGUGUUUUGCUAUGGAUGCAGACCGGAGUCUGCCAGUUUAGUACCCUGUGCUACAAACCUAUUGCUGGCUGUGAAAUUCUCUUUGUUACACACACAGUAUUCAAUAAAGUAAAAAUGUAAUCUUGUCAUUUCAAUUCGGACAUUGUGGGAACAAAACAAAACAAAAAAUAAUUCUACCAAUGUGAGUGUAUAUGAAAAAUCCACCAGUGUGUCCUGUGCAGUGUGAUGAUAACGUGAUUCCAGACGUUAUAACAUCUCGGACCUUGAAAUGUUCAGAAACCUGUCCCAUUUGCAGAAGCAUUACAACACUUUGUGUCUAUGUUUUUUCCUCAAAAAGAUGCAUGAAAUGUAAUUACAUACCUUGUACCCAAUCCAAUGUAAUCAUUAAAUGAAAUAUGUUGUUAUACAA